AAAGGACUUGCUAGGUCAGAGGGAUCCCUGAAGCAGACAAGUAUGCCAGCAAAACCAGCCCCCAUAAAGAAGUCGGCCAAAGCCGCCAAGAAGGAGGAACCCGCACCCGCGCCUGCGCCUGCGCCUGCACCAGCACCUGAGCCCGCAGCUGAGCCCGCACCUGCCGAACCUGCGCCCGCUGAGCCUGUCCCCGCUGAAGCUGCCCCGGCAGAGGCUGCCCCUGCUGAAGCUGCCCCUGCCGGGGGCGAAGCCCCACCAGCUGAAGCCCCACCAGCGGUGGAGGCAGCACCUCCUGCAAAAGCUGCUGCUGCCGCCCCUGCCGAAGAAGGCACUGCACCCACUGAAGGAGAAGCUCCCACAGAUGCUGCUGCUGAAGCUCCACCUGCUGAGGAAAUCAAAGCUCCUACACCACCUCCACCUGCAGAGCCAACUAGCGAGCCAUUGGAGCUUGGUGUUGAAGAUGUCAAUGAUACUUCAGUCACCAUUACAUGGAGACCACCCGCCACCAUUGGAAACUCUGGUUUGGAUGGAUACACUGUGGAAAUCUGCAAGGAAGGAACUGGUGACUGGAAAGCGGCUAACGAGGAGCUCACUGUGUCCUGCCGUUACGUCAUCAAGAACCAGACCACCGGUGACCGCCUGAACAUUAGGGUGGUGGCCAUGAACCCUGGCGGCCGCAGCCCUCCCGCCACACUGACUGACCCUGUCCUGGUCAGAGAGGUCGUGGAUCGCCCCAAAAUCCGUCUGCCACGUUUCCUGAGGCAGCGUUACGUGAAAAAUGUUGGCGAGAAGAUCAACAUUGUUAUUCCCUUCAGUGGCAAACCACAACCUGUUGUCUCAUGGACAAAGGACGGCCAGCCUAUUGACACUAAAAAGGUAAAUAUUCGCAACAGUGACAAGGACAGCAUCUUCUUCAUCCGUGCCGCCGAGAGAGCCGACUCCGGUGUGUAUGAGAUGUGUGUUAAAGUCGAAAGCUUUGAGGACAAAGCCCAGAUUACUCUGCAGAUUGUUGAGUUGCCUGGACCUCCAGCCAGUGUCAAGAUCGUGGACACAUGGGGUUUCAACGUUGCUCUGGAAUGGACCGAGCCCAAAGACAGUGGAAACACAGCAAUCACCGGAUACACCAUCCAGAAGGCCGACAAAAAGACAGGGGACUGGUUCACAGUAUUGGAACACUAUCACAGAAUGAAUGCCACCAUUUCAGACCUUAUCAUGGGCAACACCUACUUUUUCAGGGUCUUCACUGAGAACAAAUGUGGAAUUAGUCAAGAGGCAACUGCCACAAAGACCUCAGCCACAAUCCAGAAGACAGGAAUUGACUACAAGCCUCCAGAGUAUAAGGAACAUGACUUCAGUGAGGCACCCAAAUUCACCACCCCCCUGGCAGACCGCAGCACUACUGUUGGAUAUAACGCCAAGCUGCUUUGUGCCGUUAGAGGAUUCCCUAAGCCUAAGGUCCAGUGGAUGAAGAAUCAGAUGAUCAUUGGCGAUGACCCUAAGUUCAGGCAGAUCAACAACCAGGGCAUCUGCUCCCUAGAGAUCCGUAAACCCGGCAACUUUGACGGUGGCGUUUACACCUGCAGGGCCAAGAACGAGCACGGAGAGGCCUUAGUUAGCUGCAAACUGGAGGUGAAACAGCCUGUGAUUGCUGAUGCCGAUAAGAAAUAAGUUCAUCUGCCACAUUCAUACAGGAAUGUGAAGACGUAAUUUGCUGAUGAAAAAAAUCAUGUUCUGUACAUAUGAAAUAAACAAUAUAAAAAAAAUAGACAUUUUUGUCCUUUAUCAUAUUUAAUGCAUAUACUUGUCUCUGUUAUCAUGUUAUAACUCAGAUCACGUCCCAACCAAACCAACAGGACCAUCCGGUGUGUGUUAAAUUAAACUAGAGUCUUUCACCCA